AUGACGAUCACCUACAGUCAGCAUGUGGCCACCGGGGGGACAGGGCACUUUUUGGCUCUGUUGCUGUGGUGGAAGGGAAGCAUAUACCGGCUGCUGUACAAAGAAUUCAUCAUCUACAUGGUUCUCUACUUCGCCAUCAGCCUGUUGUACCGUUUCGGAUUGAACGAAGGAGGCAGAGACUGCCACCGAAAGAACGACGUGAAGACACAAGACUGGCAAACGUUCUUCCUGCCGUACUUCUGUUCCGGGGCCGACUGUCAACCCCUAGAGCCCAUGCCGUUCGAGCGGUAG